AUGAACAAGUUACUGUCCAAAAACGUUUUUCGAUUGAUCAAAACAACCAAGAGACAUUAUCAGGUUACUGUCGUUGGCGGGGCGAGCGAUGUGGGACAAACACUGUGCUUGUUGCUACGGACAGAACCCGCUGUCACCAAGCUCGUAGUGCAUGAUACUAGAAUACACACCCCAGGGGUAGUGUUGGACCUGUCGCACAUACCCAGCGAAGUUGACGUACAAGGGUACGCAGGAGAUGACACUCUGGGAAUGGCUCUAAAAAAUGCCAACAUUGUAAUCGGAGCCGGUGGACUCGUACGAAAGCCUGGCAUUUCCGAAAAAUUAUGGCUGUCAAAUAACACUGCUUUCAUCAAAACUUUAUCGAUGCAGGUAGCCAAAAUGGAUCCCUUGCCAUUUCUGGGUAUAGUAACGGAGCCUAUAAAUUGCCUCGUACCGAUGGCGACAGAAGUGCUGAGGAAUCACGGGCACUAUGACCCAAGGAAACUUUUCGGCGUUACUGGUUUAGACGCUUUGCGCGCUCAAACAUUGUAUGCUGAAGAGAACAACAUCAGCCCUCGCAACUGUGUAGUACCUGUGAUCGGCGGCCAUUCUGAAAAAACUCUUAUUCCUCUGCUUUCUCAAGCCCAACCAUCUGUAGACGUUAACGACGCAAUUUCACAAAAUUUUACUUUGAAGUACCGUAAGUUUCAUGAGAGAAUAGCCAAUGCCAAAAGUGGGAAAUCGCCGGUUCUCUCGGUAGCGUACAGUGCUUUGCUGUUCACUCGCAGUGUGUUAAACGCUCUAGAUGGUCAGCAAACUAGAGUGCACGCUUUCAUAGAGAAUAACGACUUUGGCACCGCAUACUUUGGAGGACUAGUAGAUAUCAACCACGAGGGAGUCAAAGAAAUGUUAAGGUAUACAACUCUAACGCCAUAUGAAUGCCAGUUAUUAGAACAAAGCUUCAACGAGCUGCGCAAAGAUGUGUUAAAAGGAAAGAAAGUUUUAGAAUUUGCCUAA